AAUAAGAAAACUAAUUGACACAGAGAAACUAAAACUUUAGCUUUGAGUGUGGCGUCCUUUCUUCGAGUUCGGGAAGAUGACGAAGAAACGAAACCCUUCGAGUUUGAUUGUGCCGUUCACCACCAAAUUCCUCUACGUUGGUUACUUCAAAUCCUCAAAUCCCUAUGACUGUUGCCUCAAAUCUCAUUCACGGUAUGGUUAAUCGCGGAAAAUUGAUUUGAAGUUUCAUAGAUUGAAGCUCAUGUGCACUUUAAUCGUUCCACCUCCCAUUGCGAAGAACAAUCGAUGGCUCAAACAAACGGUUCUGACCCUAGCUUCAGAUCCAAACCCUAGAAUGAUUUGCAAUAGGUCUAGAUUGCUCAAUGCUCAUGAAGAACCACAUAGCGCAUGCAGCUGUGUCAACAUCGCCGAAGUGUCAUCAUCUUAUCAUUCAAUUCCAUCACAAAAUUCUGAGGUUAUAACAUCAGCAGAAUUUCACCCAACACAUUGUAAUACACUGCAUAUAGCAUUAAAGGGCUCAAUUCGUCUUGUUGACUUGCGAUAG